GAGACCAUCCUGCAUAGUGUGAGGUGUGUAAGACGAAAGGUACUGGAGCCAGAAAAGGAUGUCGAAGGUGCCAUAUAUGUGGGUAGGUGGUGGAAGUUAAAAACAGUGCAAGUUCUGAUACCCAUUCUUUUCAGUCUACACGUGUUUACUACAUAAUGUAUUCUCUCAAUUACAUAGAGUAUUGAAAGCAUUUGUCUGUAAACUAGGAAUAAUGCAUUAUCUCUUGGUUAUUCCAUGUAGGUACACGGCUGAGUGAACGCAAUCACAGCUACUACCCAACCUUCAGGAAGCAAUACAGAUACCCUUAUCAAAAGAAGUUGCUCAAGGAAGAAUUGCCGACAAUGAAGGCUUUAGAAGAGGAAGAAAGACCUACCUAUUUCCGAAGAAUAAGCAAGGAAAUUCUCUGCUGGGGUUAUCAGUUCUUUAUAGGCCUUAUCCCCUCUAUGGAUAUGAUGUUCUCAGGGACUCCGUCUUUGAUGCUA